AUGACUUUAUCUGUGCGAUCCGGCGGUUGUGCGGGAAAGAGUAUGUUCAAACGGUGCUAUUUUUUAUUUUAUAACCACUGUACCUUCCUCCUGAGCGUAGCGGCGCUUUUAUCAGGGGCAAUGGCUGCUCCCAGAGGAAACCAAUGGUGGACCAAUCCGUGUGGUGUACAAACAGUUCAGCUUAGGCAUGGUAGAAGUCCGGCUGAAAACCAACUUAGAAUAUUUAUUAAACUCAUAGACAAUCCAGUAUUCAAAGACUUGAAAGCAAUAUAUCCCACUGUUGCUACAAAUUAUGCCAAUAGAAAUUGUCCCAGAGUUAAUCCUGUACUGCAAAAGAUGAACAACGCUAAUCUAUCUCUGGCUACUCACAUAUUUUAUGAGAGUAUGAUAGAGAUGGCCAAGCUAAUCCAAAAGGUUCAGAAGCUGCCAGUAGGAACAGCAAUAAAGUUCGAUGCUGUCGAAAGAAAACGAAUAUACAAGGAAGUGGAAGUCAACUUGAAGAGCGUCAUGUGCGAAUUCAGCGACAGGUUACCUAAGUUGGAGCCGGUGGAACACAAGACUGUGCCAAGCAGAUUUAUCAGGCGAAAUCUUUCUGGUAAAUGUUUGCCAAAACAAAUGAAUCUUACCGAAGCUCAAAUCGUAGAUAUGGAUCUCUUUAAGAAAAUGAAAAAGUUCUUUAGACAAAGUAAAAUUAUUCUAAGGAGAAAGGCACGAGCUAAUAAUCGGAGACCCCAAUUAAGGAAGAAGAACUUAAACACACGGCGAUUGGGUAAAAAAAGAAUCGCGAAUAAAAAAAGAACUAUGAAACAAAAAAAAUCUAGUGCUGCCGCUUAA